UAGACGCACUUGAAUAAAUCUCGUUCCUGAGCGUUUUCGUUUAAAUAAUAGUUCUCUUUUAGUAGUGUAGUGUCAACUUUUGUGUUGUGUAGCAGUCGCUCUUUUCUGUUCGUUUACAAUUUGCUUCCGCGACGUAAUUUUCCAAUUAUAAUGAAUGAAAAAUGACAUCAACUACAACAAUAAGAAAAUCAUAUGGAAAUAGAAAAUUGUACACAUUUCCCGAAGAUUAUCCUCUACGUUUAGUGAAACCGAAAAGUUCUUCCGGUAGUGGUAGUGUGCCGAAAAAAGUUGAGGAUGUUGCUAAGCUUUUGAAGUACAUCGAUGAUAACAUCGUUGGAAAGAAUAAUGCGUUCCUUGGGCCAUUCGGACGACGAAAAGUUGUUUUUUGCGACUACAUCGCGUCCGGAAGAUCCCUGCAAUUCAUCGAAGAAUACAUACUGCGCGAGGUCCUUCCUUGUUUCGGAAAUACAUGGUCCACCACCAACAUUACAACAAUCCAAACAAGUUUGUUCAGACAAGAAGCGCGCGAAAUCAUAAAGAAUGCCGUGAACGCUUCCGAAGAGGACGCUGUGAUUUUCACCGAAAAUGGCUGCGUCGGUGCUAUACAGAAAAUGAUCAACAGUCUGGAUCUCAUCGAACCUCCCAUUAUAUUUACGGCCCACAAUGAGGAUUACGAUCAUUUGAAAUUAUGGCAAGAAGCCGGCGCUACUGUCAUAAAAAUAGCCGAGACCAAAGAAGGCUUUUUAGACUUGCACGAUUUAGAGGACCAACUUCGACUGCAGUGCAGUUCAGGAAGACCGUUAAUCGGAUUGUUUCCCGUCGCGUCGAAUAUCACCGGGAUCAUAGCGGACGAUGUUGCGACCACGCUUCUUCUCCAUCAGUACGGCGCUCUUUCGUUUUGGGACUAUAAUUUUGCCGCACCGAGUAUUUCGAUCGAUCUUAACCCUCUCGUUACCGGGGUUAAAGAAAAUUCCGUUCGGAAGGAUGCCAUUUACUUUUCCGUGCACAAGUUUGUUGGUGGAGUGCAAACGCCCGGUGUGCUAAUCAUGCGUAAGUCCUUAUUCAAAGACCCGGAUGAUUUAAACGCGGGCUUCUUCGAUCCAUACAACCGUAACAUAUGUUUCGAGAUGUACGAGGAGAGAAACGCGACUCAAGUCGUCGAAUCCAUACGAGCUGGACUCGUGAUGCAGCUGAAAGAAACCAUGACCUCUAACAUUAUAAUGCAUCGACAGGACAAAAUCACCAAACAAAUGAUGCAGCAUAUUCGUACCAUACCAGAAAUCCUCCUGCUCGGCAACAAAUCACAGUCUCUAAAACGUUUGCCAAUAUUUUCCUUCAUGGUACGACACCCGCGCGGCACUUUUCUUCACCACAAUUUCGUCUGUGCCGUUUUAAAUGAUAUUUUUGGAAUACAAGCUCGAGCGGGAUGUGCCAAUUCUGGCUCGUACACGCAAGAUCUUCUGGGAAUUGAUCAACACUUGGCCGAUCAGUACGAGAAUAUCAUUUUGGAAGAUUAUAAUUUGCAUCUUUCAAUGCACAAUUCCACUUUACAACUUUUAAGGCCCGGUUUUACACGGAUCAGUCUUCCAUAUUUCAUCAAUGACUCCGAACUAGCCUUCAUCAUGGAGGCAAUCAAAAUGGUGGCGACAGAAGGGUGGAAGUUACUUCCCCAAUACAUCGUGGAUUUGGAGACGGGCGAAUGGCGCCAUUACUCGAAUUCGAUGUCGAAAGACCGUAAGUGGUUGGGUUCGAUACGAUACGUCGAUGGUAAAAUGACAAUGAACGAAAGGCGCAUUUCCGGUCCAGGCUUAUUUCCCCAAAACUACUCCGAUUGCCUUCAAACUGCGCGUAACUUAUUUAAUCGCGCCCGUAAGACUGCAAAUCGUAAUCCAUAUCCUAAUCAAGGCAUCCAUUUUGAUAUCAAAGGCGAGCAACUGCGAUGGUUCAUGUUACCGCAAGAGGCGCAAGAAUUGUUAACUGCCAACUCGCAAAACGUCAAGCAUAAUCUUCCUUUCGAUCCCAUGCAGUACUCGGGCUCUAAACGCCAGGAGAAACAGUCGUACUCUCCAAUAUCGGGGUUACAAACCCGUCACUAUAGCCUAUCGGCAAUCGACGACUCGCGAAUUAACGGAUCCCUCUCUCCACUUCCUUACUAUGUUCCCGAACAAUUUGCGCAAGCCAUGGAACAUCCCCCACAUUUCGCCGUCGGAGAGUCCGUCAGUUCGACCAUAUUUCAUCCUCUUUCCAAUAUGUACCACCGGGAGCGAUGUAUGAGUUUAGGUGAUUCGAUGUUAGCUGCCCCGUUUCCGCCCGCAUCUCCACUGUUAAGUCCACAGACAAGUAGCAGCUUGGGCAUACGACGGCGUAAUUGUAGCUGCAGCAGCCAAACGGAUGUACACUCCUUAGAUUCGGAUCUAAAUAUAUCGCCCGCCCAAAGUUUGAACGUUCUAAACGCGACUAGCGUUAACGACUGCAGCUUGCUGGGUCGCGCCUCUCCCGCCCAAACUGCCGACUUACGUGCUUACGUUAGUGAAAUAUCCAAAGAGUUAGCUACUAGUAUUAAGUACGAAAUACGCGAAGUGAUAAACAAGGUCGAGGACGUUUUAGAAAGUGAAUUGGGGAACAAAACUUAUUACGCCAACGAACGAUACGGUAGCGGCAGCGAAGAUGGGCGUAGCGAUUCGAUAUCGGCGAACGAAGUUGCCGAGUACUUAGAAAAGGUCUCUAGAGAAAUGGCGAACGAGGUUAAAUCCGAGAUUCGGGACGUAGUUAGCGCGGUCGACGUAUUUAUUACUCCGGAAGGUCAAGAGCGUCACACCUUUUCCAGGGCGUCGAGCGUAGGCGACAGCGAUAGACAAAACUCGAGCGGCAGCCAAAAGAAUCUCGAAAACUCCGAUGCGGUAUCUACAAAAUUUAGUAACGGCAGCUACGAAGAGCCGGACAAGGUUAGAACUAAACUGCACGCAUCUACCGUGACGAGUGUAAGCUCGCAGGACAGCGGCAUUAACUUAUCGUUCCAAGAACCAGACUCCGUCGGUCACGAAGCAGCUAAGAAAUCUGCGGAACAGGAAAGUAGAUUAGCUGUUCCGCAAAAUAUAUGGCAGCCCACCAUAGAGGCGAUCGAAGAGUAUAAGAUGAUUAGGGACGGAGACAAGGUUAUGGUUUGUUUGUCUGGCCGAAAGGACUCGUUAAGCUUGUUGCACACCUUGUUACGAUAUCAGUCUUAUAUACAAAGCAAAGGCAUCGUGUUCAACCUCGGCGCUAUCACUAUAGAUCCCGAUUCUACAGGCUGUGAUCCUUGUAUACUAAUACCGCAUUUAAAACAAUUGGGAGUUAAUUAUGUUGUCGAGGAACAUACAGACUCUGACUUGGACCUUCAACCCGUACAGGAAAAUUACUACAGCUUCAGUAACCCAAGUAAACGCCGUCGUUUAUAUUCAACCGCCAAAUCAUGCGGAUAUAACGUUUUAGCAGUAGGACAACACUUGGAUGAUCUUUGCGAAAGUUUCAUUUUGUCGAUAUUCCAUACUGGUAAAAUUAACAGUAUGAAUGCUCAUUAUCUCGUUAGGGACCACGAAUUGCGUAUAAUCCGACCGUUCAUCUACGUUCGUGAAAAGGCGAUCAAACAAUUUGUAAUUAGUCAUAGGCUGCCGGUUAAUUUGGAAACUAAUCAGUUCGAUAGUACAACUAAACAACGACUGAGAGCGAAGCAAAUGUUAGCGCAGCAGGAAAUUUUGUAUCCGAAACUAUAUGAGAAUAUCAAGUCGGCUAUGAAUACCAUAAUGGGAUUCCAUUUACAAAUCAGGGACAAGGCGGAGUCGGCGCAGCCGUACGCUUCUGAAGGCGAGACAGAUGAAGAGUCGAUUUUAAGAGAGGCUGUUUAGAAUUAUUGGUGCAAUUGCAAAAGCGGUGCUUAUCUAGUACCGGUUGGUUUUUAUUAUAAAAUUUAUUAUGUGAUAAUAUUUUGAUAUUCAUUCUGACUGGAUCGUUUUCAUUUAUUCAUUUUAUCGUAACUUGUGAUCUUUUAUACAGGUCUUAUACGUUAAUACCAUAACUAAUUUUAACAUUUUAUUAAGUAUAUAAUGUUUAGAAUGUACAAAAGCAUUUUUUUGCUUCUAUUUGUAAAAAUGUGAUCUUAUAGUUUUAGCUCGUUAAUCAUACCAUUCAGAUAUUUAACAAUGUUAAAAUGCAGUAAAUGGAAUGUACUUUAUUUUUACUGCCUAAACUAUAUUUCCAAAAUAAAAUAUUUAAGCUCUU